AUGAAUUACGCCUGUACCUCUUCUGCUGAUUAUGGUUUCACCGCUAGACGGAUUUCGUUGGAUGACUCUACCUCUGUGACGGCAUCGAGCAGUACCACCAUACACUACAAGCGAACGAGGGAGGAUUGUCCUAAAGCUUCUGGCGGAACUCGUGAAACUAGAUUCGGCUGCCCCCGACCGGGACAACGCGACGGUGUUUACGCGAGUACGUUCGGCACUCGUCGACGCGAUCCUGCCGAUAGGAGCGUCACCUUCUCCCGCAUGAACAGAAACGGUAACUGCAAUACUCAAUGUUGUACUUGUUGUUGCGAACGAAUGCCCUGUCACCGCAGUGAAGAGGGAGCCAUAAAGCAACCUCCGUUCUCGAGCAAAAAACUGAAGAAGCACUGCUGCUGCACGGUGGACGCAGCUUGCAAGGCCACAGACGACGAGCGCCAACGAGGAGACACCACACCGCCACUUCCUUACUGGCACAUUGCCAUCGCUGCCGCUCGCCUCAAAGAGCAAGAAAGCGAAAAUCAGUACAACAAGGAACGCGCUGCUCAGGCUUGGGACAAAUACUUUGCUGACGCCAAAUCGCAUCACCAUCAUUGUGGGAAAAGGCAGAAGAUGGAAUCGAGGAAUUUCUCAUGCCACCAUAAAAACGCUUCCGUUUCUGAGGAGCAAGUUGUGGAGAAAUAUUCCCGUCAUGACCGCUAUGAAGGAUGCAACCAGGACUGUGUGUACAAUGUAGAGCGCAACUGUGGAAAGUUCUACAAAUGCGGUGGAAACGUUAACGAGGCAUCUUGCAAGCUAUGUGAAGACGAUGAGCCAUGUGAGAUAAUGAGAAAAAUAUGCAAGCCCUCGCGCAAGUCCCCGCCGAUAUGCAAACGGCGAAAUCAGAGUGCACCACCGGUAGUUGGUCGACCUGCUGAGGUCGAAAAGCCGUUCUACGGAGCGACCGAGCUGGAAAAGUCCUCACUGAACGCAAUCAAUCACCUUCUGAAAGCCGAAAAAGAACUCCGUCGAGUACAGUUCACAGCCGGAAGUAUUCUGCCGCAGGCCAAACAGUACAUUGAACAAGUCGACGCAAUCCAUCAGGAUCUUAAGCUUUUCAAUACACAAAUACAUGAAUUACAAAAGCAGACCAAUGACGUUCUCGAGAAAAAGGGUGCAAGGCAUUUCCACUUUAUGAUUCAGGGAUCACCGACGAAAUAUAAGGCGACCCAACGCCCCUCUUCCUUCCCGCUGAGUAAGCGGAUGCGGGCACAAGACAGAUAA